AUGAACGGAUUGUCAAGGUGUCUGGGAAGACAACUUGUGCAGCACUCAAAAGGGUCUUUCUUGAGGAAUCGCAAUCCAUCAACAUUUAACCUUGUGGGUGUCUUCUAUCGAGGUUAUUCGGACCAGAUCCCAAAGUAUAAGGGCAACAUGACUACUCAACCACCCAAGAAUGAGAUGGUGUACAUGCCGGGGGUGAUGUCACCGAAUCGAUCUUUCGGCGUCUUCCGCAAAGUUCUACACACAGGACUAUACUCGCAAUUUGUGGCGAUGGAAAUUCCCGUUAAUGGUGAAAUUGGUGACGAGAUUCACACCGUGGACCAAGUUCUGAUCUUUACCCACGGCACCGGCAAAGCGAUUGUUGCUGGAAAGGAGCAAGUGGUCAAACAGAAUGAUGUCGUGAUAGUACCAGCUGGCACCCAACACCAGUUCUUGAACGUGGGAGACACGCCGCUCGAGGUAGUUACGAUCUACUCCCCAGCAGAACACGACCCACGGACAGUGCAUCAGACCAAGGCAGAGGGUGAUGCACAGGAGGACGCGGGAGACGACGAAGCGCCAGAGUGGAGUCAGAGGAGCAAGUCUGAGAAUGAGAAGAUUGGGCUGGUGAGGCUUCCUUGA